GUGACGCCUUGUAGAUGUUGCACUUUUACGCCAAACUUCAAACACGCUAUUCCCUAAUAAUCAAUAGCACGUCUUUUUACUUCUUCUAGACAUGGAAUGCAAUAAGUGGAUUAUUUGUGUCCUAAUCCUUCCUUUAUGCUGUUUUACUUUUUUCCCGAAAAUCACUGCCCAAUUUCCGAAAAAAGAAAAAUUCCACGCUGUGAAUGGUGAGGUUCCUCACAUUCGAUGUGAGACGUGUCAAAAAGCAGUGAAACAUCUUUAUAGAAGGACAAGCGAAAUGAGGGAGAAAUCACCGAGGAAAAAGGUUGAAGAAGACAAAAUCAUAGAGCUAGUUGAGGCCUCUUGUAAUCCUGAUAAGGAAGAAGGUGAAUGGAUAUCAAAGUUUGACAUAGUUAAGAAAGGAGACUCCUUGCAACUCUCUGAAAAGGAAGUCUUUGGCAGAUGCAAGCAAGAGUGUAGAACUAUUGCAAAAGCCUGUGAGGAAACCAUCAGUGAAGUGGAUACAGAUCUUGCUGAGAUGAUUUGGCAAAAUAAGUUAUCCUUAUCAAAACUAACAAAUAAAAUCUGUCAUUCUAUGUCAAAGGCUUGCACUAAAAAAGCACAAAACUUGAAAAUCGACAAGAGAUUUGAUGAAGAAUUUGAGGCCAUGUCUGAAGAUGAGAGAAAUGCUGAUAAGAUAAUGAAACAGAUGAGGGGUGUCCCUGGUAUGCCAGGUAUGGAGAUGUACUCACGUGAGGAUAUUGCCAAGGCAAGGGAUGCCAUGAUGGAGCAGAAAGAAGAGCCGAAGGAGCUGCCCAUUGAUGACGAGGGGCUGAUUUAUGAGGGCGAGGGGGUCAGCUUUAUGCAAAUGGCCAGAGACUGUGCACGCCGCUUCUGGGUGUGGUUCAAGGCCUUAUUUGCAUUUUUUUCAAAGAAGCAUGAAUUAUGACAGGUUUUUUUAUGAAAUGGUGUUACCAUGUUUUGGGAAAGCGCCUUUUUAACAAAUUUCGCUAAAUGGGUGAGGGUUGAGGUAUGUUAGCUUAAAGCAUACAGUUUUUGAACUCGCGAUCAAACCCCUCCUGCUUCUAUCACCUUGCUUUUUCUUUCUUUAAAUAUUCUGACCAUACCUCUGAAUCCAUUCAUUGAAUUUGGAGGUACUUCUUGUUUUUGCUUUUCUAGCCAAACCAAAGGAGUAAGGAGAUAAUAACAAUCAAUUUUGAACUCGUCAUGUAAGCAGGCGGCACUUUUGUCCCUAACAUUUUAGCUGCUAUCGAAAUAAAAUUAAUCAAUUUAA